CGAUUUUGAGCCUAACUUGACUUUUUUCCGAUCUUUUUCGAUUCGGUUCGGCUCGAUUCAAAAUUGCCCACCGGGUGAAGCUUCAAAAUUGCCGGGAAGCCAAACGGAUCCCUAAAACCCUAGCCUCCCUCCACAGUUUGCAUCACUAAAGCUUCGAAUUUGGUCCAAAAUCAAAGCACUCUCUGUUCUCCCGCUUCGAAUUUGGUCCAAAAGCAAAGCACUCUCUGUUCUCCCGUCUCUCUCUCUCUCUCUCUCUCUCAGCUUUCCAAUUUUCGUGAGAACCACACGGCUCUUGCCCUUUUAUGCUUAAACCCUAGUCCCCAUUUCCAUGCUCAAUCACAUCCAUAAAUGGAAGCCCAUACAUAUAUUACAAAAAUCUCGAAUUCUCGCUCCCCUCUCUUCCCUUAUCUUCACUCAACCCUCAGUGUCUGCAGCCAAGCUUGAUGACGAGCCCACCGUCGUCCCAAACCCUAGAAACGCCGUCUCCGAAGUCAUUGCCGGCUUGAGAAUGUUUGGUUUGGGAAAUUGUGUAGGUGAUCAUCGUUUCAAAACCAUUAUCCCGACUUUGAAUAAGCCUCAGGUGGAUUUGAUUAUUGAAAGCUUGAGCAUUGAGAACCCGGAGUCGGCUUUCGGUUUCUUCAACCUUUUGAGGAAUGAGUAUGCGUUUCGGCAUUCCAGGGUUUCAGAGUUUAUUGUUGCUCAUGUAUUAGCGGGGAGAAGGCUGUUUAAAGAGCUGCGUUUGGUUGUGAAGCAAAUGGUGGAUGAGGAAGGGCCCGGUUCGGCACAUUCACUUUGUGAGCUGCUCUUACAUAGAUUCAUGGACUGGGACUCGAGUGGUGUGGUGUGGGAUAUGUUGGCGUUUGCUUAUUCAAGAUCUGAGAUGAUUCAUGAUGCUCUGUCUGUUCUUGCUAGGAUGAAAGAUCUGAAUUUGAACGUUUCAACACCAACCUAUAACUGCCUGUUGCAUAACUUAAGGCAUACAGAUAUCAUGUGGCGUGUUUAUGAUGAAAUUAAAGAUAGUGGAACUCAUCAGAGUGACCACACUAUUGCCAUACUUAUAGAUGGACUGUGUGAGCAAUCUGGCCUACAAGAUGCAGUUUCGUUCCUCAUGGGUGUGGAAAGAGGGGAGAGUGGGCCUUCAGUUGUUUCAUUCAAUACCAUCAUGUCUAGGUUUUGUAAAUUGGGUUUUGUGGAUAUUGCGAAGUCGUUUUUUUGUAUGAUGUUCAAGUGUGGACUACUUCCAGAUUCAUACAGUUAUAAUAUUCUUAUUCAUGGGCUGUGUAUAGCUGGUUCAUUGGAAGAAGCAUUGGAGUUCACUAAAGACAUGGAGACGCAUGGGGUACAGCCUGACACAGUUACCUACAACAUUCUUUGUAAGGGGUUUCAUCUACUUGGUUUGAUGAGUGGAGCUCGCGAGAUCAUUCAGAAGAUGUUGAUUAAAGGGUUGAAUCCGGAUCAUGUGACAUAUACAAUUUUGAUAUGUGGACACUGCCAUGCCGGCAAUAUUGAAGAAGCCCUUAAGUUGCGGAAAGAGAUGCUUUCAAGGGGUUUUCAGUUGAGUGUCCUUGUAUACAGUGUACUUCUCAGCAGUUUGUGUAAAAGCGGACAAGUAGAAGAAGCAUUGAGAUUGCUGUAUGAGAUGGAAGCUGUUGGCUUGGAACCAGAUCUUAUAACAUACUCUAUCCUCAUUCAUGGCCUAUGCAAGCAAGGAGAUGUUCAGAGGGCAAGUGAACUAUAUAGAGAAAUGUACAUGAAGAGAAUCAUUCCCAAUUACUUUGCACACCGUUCUAUUCUGUUAGGUCUGCGUGAGAAAGGGGAUAUAUCCGAGGCAAGGAAAUAUUUUGAUAAUCUACUAACAAGGGAUGUGACAGAGGAUAUUGUGCUGUAUAAUAUUAUGAUGGAUGGAUAUGUAAAAUUAGGUAACAUUGUAGAAUCCACACGAUUAUAUAAACAAAUAAUUGAAAAGGGAAUAAAUCCUAGUAUUGUCACUUUCAAUACUCUUAUUUAUGGUUUCUGCAAAACUGGGAAACUGGUUGAGGCUCAUAAGAUGUUGGAUACCAUCAAGCUGCAUGGCUUGCUCCCAAGUCCAUUUACUUAUACUACUCUUAUGAAUGCCAACAUUGAACGAGGAAACAUCCAUGGCAUGCUUAAGUUGCUUCAGGAGAUGGAAGCAAAUGCUGUACAGCCAACUCAUGUAUCUUACACGGUAGUAAUUAAAGCACUUUUCAAACUAGGGAAGCUGCAGGAGGCUGUUCACUUAGUUGAGGACAUGUAUGCUAAGGGCCUAACCCCAGACCAAAUCACGUAUAAUACUCUGAUCAAAUGUUUCUGCAGAGGUCGAGACUUCUUGAAAGCUUUUCAGUUGCACAAUGAGAUGUUGGUUCAUAAUCUUGAGCCUACUCCUGUUACAUAUAAUGUUCUCAUCAAUGGUCUUUGUGUAUAUGGUGACCUAAUGGAUGCUGACAGGCUACUGGUUUCUCUUUGCGACUGCAAUAUCAAUUUGACAAAAGUUGCUUAUACCACAUUGAUCAAAGCACAUUGUGCAAAGGGUGAUGUACAUAGGGCAGUGGGGCUCUUCCAUCAAAUGGUGGAGAAAGGAUUUGAAAUUUCCAUUCGGGAUUAUAGUGCUGUUAUUAAUAGAUUGUGCAAAAGGUGUCUAAUAACUGAUGCAAAAUAUUUUUUCUGUAUGAUGCUAUCCGAUGGGAUUUGUCCUGAUCAAGAACUGUGUGAGGUGAUGCUGAAUACUUUUCGUCUUGUUGGUGAUCUCAAUUCAGUAGCUGAGCUUCUAGCUGAGAUGUUCAAACUUGGCUUUCUUCGUGAGUAAUCCAUGGGGGAAGUGAAGAUCUUUUGGCAUCUGACCAUUGGGAAAACUUGUUCGCCGGCUCAGUAGAAAAAUUCAGUUCAUGAGACCUCUGAUGUCUUAUGGAGAACUAUCUUAAGUUAUAUUUCUCCUUUCAACCGGAUGACAAGUAUGAAUUCUCAGAGCCGGCCCAGAUCCAGGGUUUUGUGAAGAAUUACUUGCAGUUUGUUUCCUUCCCCAUCUAUGCAUGGCAAGCAAAAUCAAGGACUGUUGAGGGGAGGACUUCAUUUUCUGCUUUGUCAAACCCUUUCCCUCUAUAUGGCAAGUUUUGAAGGUAUUAGUAGAAUUGGAUAUCUGCAUAUGCAGAAUCCAAAGGAAGUUGAAAAAGAUGAGUACCAUGAAUUUUACAAGAAAACUUUCAGUGAGUUCUUGGAUCCAGUUGCAUACACUCACUUCACCACUGAGGGUGAGGUGGAGUUCAGCGGUGUUCUUUAUAUUCCUGGAAUGGGUCUCUUAACAAUGAGGAUGUAGUGAAUGCAAGAACAAAGAAUAUACAUUUUUUCCUUGAUACCUGAGCUUUGUUAAGGGUCUGGUGGAUUCGAAUGAUAUUCCUCUUAAUGUUUCUCAAGAGGGUAUUCAAGAAAGUCGAAUUGUAAGGAUUAUGAGAAAGAGACUCAUACAGAAAACAUUUGACAUGAUUCAAGAGAUCUUUGAGAGUGAAAAUAAGAGGGUGGUAGCAGCAAUUAAGCUUGUGUUUUCUUCUUUGAUUCCACUUGAAAGGCUGAAAAUUGUUAUUAACUUGGAAAAUGGUAUUACUUGAUCCCAGGAUUACAAGAAAUUAUUGGAGAACUUUGGCAGGUUUCUAAAGUUGGGAUGCAUCGAGGACUCUGGAAAUCACUAGAGCAUCACACCCUAGUUGCGGUUCUACUGUUCAAAAAGUGAGGAAGAACUGAUAAGCUUAGAUGAUUAUGUCGAGAACAUGCCUGAGAACCAGAAGGCAAUCUAUUACUUGGCAGCAGAGAGUCUGAAAAAUGCGAAAAGUGCUCCAUUCUUGGAAAAGUUGGUUCAGAAAGA